AUGCUCAUGCAUGGCAGUUCGGAGCCUGCCGGUCCCGCCUGGGGCUGGGCAGGGGAGGAGGAAGAUGACUGGGACAGCCCUGCCUUGAGCCUACUGGCGCUUGCUGUGGUCGCUGCCACAGCUCUGGCCUUGCACUGGUUUGGCUCUGGGCAGCACCAGGAAGCAGAGGGACCAGCAGCCACAGACUCCGGGGCUCAAACGGCUCAGACUGGAGGAACUGGGCCAGCCCUGUCCCCAAAGACAACUGGUCAAGUGGCUGGCAGAAAGCAGCAGCGCAAGGAUGCCCCAGAGGACCCUAAAGGGAGAGGAAAGGAACCUCUGGGGUCAGGCUCCAUGCUGGAGAGGAGCAAAGUAGGGGGAACAUCUGCCCCCCUCAUGAUAUACUUCACCCCUCGGAGUCCUGGCGAAGACAGGGAGCUGCAGGAGAAGACAGCAGCAGCCCCCACCCCAGUCCCUGCUGCCACACCUGUCCCUGCCCCCGUCCCAGCAGCAGCCCCCACCCCAGCCCCCAGCCCCACGCCUGUCCCCACUCCCACCCCAGCCCCCAUCCCCAUGUCUGUCCCUGCUCCUGCCACAACCCCUAUCCCUGACCCCACACCUGUCCCCGCUCCCACCCCCUCAGCAGCCCCAACUUCUGUCCCCGCUCCCGCCCCCACAGCAGCCCCCACCCCUGUCCCUGCUCCCGUCCCCACGACAGCUCCCACCCCAGCCCCCGCCCCUGCCUCUGCUCCUGCCACAGCCCCCAUCCCUGACCGGGCUCCAACCCCCCACCCCACAGCCCCCACCCCAGCCCGGGCCGAGGAGGAGCCGUCGGAGCCAGGGGCCGCAUCCCAGGAGCAGGAGGGGCGGCUCUCAACGAGCUGGGGGACCCUGAUUUCGAUGGUUCUCAGGAGCCACCCCUUCCCCAAGGCGGAGAGCCCCCCAGCGAAAGCCCCGGGCCCCUCCACGCACCCUGGGGCCCCGGGAGGGGCCGCGCCCAGCCUCCCGGAGGGGCUCCGCUCCGAGGCUCCGCGUGGGCCGCAGAGUCAGGGCCCCCCCGCAGCGCCGGAGGCCCCCGCAGCCCCGCGGCCUCGCCCGCGCCCGCGGAGACACAGCCCGGGCGCCCCGGGCCCCGCCGCGCCGCAGCGGGAGGCGCGCGAACGCACGGCGCUCCCGCAGAGCGCCGGGCGCGGGGGACCAGCGGACCCCAGGCCCCGCGCCGCGGCCCGCGAGCCCGCGCCGGCCGCUGCUCUGCCGCGGCCCCUGGACCUCGGCGGCUGCCUCGAGGCGCUGGCCGUCGCGCAGAAGCGCGGGGAGCCCGGCCUGGCCCAGGACACCUACGCCCUGAUGAGCGACAACCUUCUGCACGUGCUGGCCGAGCCCGGCCUCUACCGGCAGCUGAGCUGUGCCGAGCGCGAGCGCAUCCUGAGCCUCCGGACCCGCCGGGGCCAGGCGGUGCUGGGGGUGCUGGUGCUGCCCAGCCUCUACCAGGUGAGCCGUGGGGGGCUCCCUCGGAGAGCACCCAGGGAGGAGGCCCCAGCGGCAGAGCCUGGCUGCCUCUCUGUCCGCUCCCACCUGCACGUGUUCAACCCCCAAGAGAACACCUGGAGGCCCUUGACCCAGGUGCCCGAGGAGGCCCCGCUCAGGGGCUGUGGUCUCUGUACCAUGCACAACUACCUGUUCUUGGCGGGGGGCAUCCGAGGCUCCGGUGCCCAGGCGGUCUGCUCCAAAGAGGUCUUCUGCUACAACCCCCUGACUAACAUCUGGAGCCAAGUGCGACCCAUGCAGCAGGCACGCGCACAGCUCAAGCUGGUGGCCCUGGACGGGCUGCUGUACGCCAUUGGGGGCGAGUGCCUGUACAGUAUGGAGCGCUACGACCCACGCACGGACGCCUGGACCUCACGAGCUCCCCUCCCUGCCGGCACCUUCCCUGUGGCACAUGAGGCCGUGGCCUGCCGUGGAGACAUCUAUGUCACGGGGGGCCACCUGUUCUACCGCUUGCUCAGGUACAGCCCUGACAAGGACACAUGGGAUGAGUGCUCAUACAGUGCCAGCCACAGGCGUUCCAGUGACAUGGUGGCGCUGGGGGGCUUCCUGUACCGCUUUGAUCUGCUGCGGGGGGUGGGUGCUGCGGUGAUGCGCUACAACACAGUGACAGGCUCCUGGAGCCGCACAGCCUCCCUGCCCCUGCCUGACCCUGCUCCGCUCCGCUGCGCUGUGCUGGGCAACACCAUCUACUGCCUCAACCACCAGGUCACCGCCACCUUCACGGUGUCUGAGGGGACGGCCCAGUUCCAGGCCAAGGAGCUGCAGCCUUUUCCUCUGGGGAGCACAGGUGUCCUGUGUCCAUUCACCCUGACUCUGCCCUCCGCAGUACCCCUGCAGACUGCCCUCUGA